UUAAACUGUCCGUCAUUCAGUCUGUGAAGUUCUGUUCUGUUCCGUUCCAUUAUACCUGGACGUCAACCGAUUAAAACAUGUCUUAACGGUUGCUGUAUGCAAUUGAUAUUUUGUUUUAGGGGGAAAAAUAUGUUGGGGGUUAUUUUAAAUACUCUCAAACCAUUUUAUAUUUUACGAUUCAUCUUUGUGUUGAGCUUUUUGUCGGUGACAGCGGACGAGCACAAUGAAUUAUUGCUGUCCGAAGAAGAAGAGAGAGUGACGUCACGCUCCGAGGGCGUCCCUGAGUUCCCCGAGGCCGAGGACCCGAAGCCGCUCAAGCGCCAGUUCAAGACCGCCGAGAUCGCCGACGCCGUGAUGGGCACCGAGGCCCCCGUCGACCCGUCCGACAUGGAGUCUCUCUUCCCCAAGGACGUCGAGGACUUCCAGGCGGGCUUCUCGCCGCCGUGCGACGACCGCGACGCCGGCGAGCGUCCCGCUCUGGUCGCCGAGGAUGACGGCGAGGAGACGUCCCAGCAGGUGAUGUUGGACAUGGUCCACGCUCCCGCCGCCGAGGAGAAAAUCACGGAGGCCGCCAAGACCUUCAAGGUCAACUGCGACCAGAGGAACGUCAGCGACGUGGACGCCUUGGCCGUCAACGUGCUCAACGCAUCGCAGGACCUGAUGGAGUUCCUGAACGCCAACGGCACCGAGUGCUCCGUGGUGCUGUUCUUCACAGCUUGGUGCAAGUUCUCGGCCGGGCUGGCGCCCCAUUUCAACGCCUUGCCUCGGGUCUUCCCCGCCGUGCACUUCCUGGCCCUGGACGCCUCGCAGCACAGCAGUCUGUCGACCCGAUUCGGGACAGUGGCGGUCCCCAACAUCCUCCUCUUCCAAGGAGCCAAACCGAUGGCUCGCUUCAACCACACCGAGAGAACCCUGGACAUGCUCGCCUCCUUCAUCGCCAACCAGACGGGACUGGAGGCGGGGCCGGAGAUGAACGUGACGGCCGGCGACCGCCUGGGCCCCCUGGCCGGCGUGCCGGUGAAGAGCAUCGACUGGUUGCUCGUCUUCUCGGUGCUCUUCAUCGCCGCCUUCACCACCUACGGGAUCCUCCGCACCGACAGCGUCCGCUGGCUCAUCCCGGGCCAGGAGCACGAACAUCAGGACUGAAAGCGGCCGAGUGAACGGAUUUGUCGUGACGCUUAAGCGACAUAAGCGUUCUAAAAUCGGGUUGCUGAGUUCAUAACAAAAAAUGUCGCAGCUCCUCCGCGGCUACUGCUAAAUCUUUAGUUUGAAGCGAUCUGAUGUUCAACAAACUGUAUUUCAUUGUCAAACUUUGAUGCACCAGUGAUUUGAUUCGUGAAUUUUGUAAAUGUUGCAUCAGCAGUCUUGGAAAGUAACUCUUUGAAUUGAACGACUAGAUUUGA